GGGGGGAGAAAGAGGAGUGAGCGGGAGCCGAGCGGAGCGUCCCGGCCAUGGCGCGGCGGGCCGGGGGCAGCGGAGGGCCCCGCCUGCUGCUGUGGCUGUGGCUGGUGCUGUGCGGGAUGCCGGGCGGCAGCGCCCAGUACUCCCGCGGGGCGGGCCGACCCCGCAGCUGGGGCCCGGCAACGGCCUGCAGCCCACGCUGCCUGCACGGCGGGCUGUGCCUCGGCAACGGCACCUGCCUCUGCUCCAAGGGCUACGAGGGCGAGCUCUGCCAGCACGCAACGUGUUAUCCAAAAUGCAAAAAUGGUGGAGAGUGCCUGAGACCUGGAAAAUGCCGAUGUCCACCUGGCUAUGGGGGCAGAUACUGUCAUAAGGUAAGCUGUGAAGGAGGCUGUCAAAAUGGUGGGGAAUGCAUCUCUGUCAAUGGGGUUGUGAAGUGCCUUUGUGCUUCUGGCUGGACAGGAUCAAGAUGCCAGGAAGCAAUUUGCCCUCAAGGUUGCCGGAAUAAUGGAGCUUGUGUGGCUCCUGGGAUUUGUAGCUGUCCAGCUGGAUGGGUCGGUGGAGCAUGUCACUUAGCUGUAUGUAAACUACCUUGUCAACAUGGAGGAAAAUGCAUAGCUCCGAACGUGUGCCGAUGUCGACUGCCCUACUCUGGUCUACAGUGCACAAAGAAAAGGAAGGAAUGAAACAGCUUCAGCAAAGAUAAGCUGCAUUUUCUUCUUGUAACUCUUAAUACAGAGAUAAAAUCUGGGGGAAGAGAUAGGGAGGAACUUAAGCGAUAACUAGUUGAUGUCAGGUAGCUUUUUGUCUUUAGUAUUCUGAGUAAAUUCAUUCCUCUAUGAAAGAGGAGUAUUGCUGAUAGUAAUAAAGCUGUUAAAAAUAUCCAACUGUAUGUAGUGUAUGAUGCACUCUACUGUGUGUGUAGUGUAUGUUUUUCUACUGUUCUCAUUUUUCUUCAUAAUCAGAACUAUUAUGUCUUGGUUGAUAGAGCUGACCUUGAAGUAAAAUUUACUCUUCAAAUAAAAUGCUUCAGAUCAGG